GAACGGUAGGGAGCGCUGUGGGUUAAACGUCAGCGUCUGAACCAGCUCUGAACAUGUGCAGAUACGGCUCUGAUCACAUACGUUGCUGUGGAAACAGUUUGUUGACAGUGAAGACACAAGUUUGCUUUGUUUGUGCGAGUCACUUGGCAGAAGAAAUGAGGCUCAAACGACUUCAUAUCAGAUACUAUCCUCCAGGAAUCAUUCUUGAGUAUGUGAAGGGUGGAGAACUGAGGAACAAAUCCAUAGAUCUUCUGGAUUUAAAUCUAGAGACCGACAUAGAGAAGCUUAUCAGGGAGAUUCAGGAGACAGAGCCUCUCAUCACCGAAUCGCGGACGGACCAAAUGCGUCUGCUCCUACGCACACUGCAGGACAAAUUGGCUAAGCAAGAUGACCGCCGAUUCCACCAGUUCAAGGCGCUCCAGGCACAUAUCCUUCCACUGACAAACGUAGCGUUUAAUAAAUCAGGGUCGAGUUUCAUAACAGGCAGCUAUGACAGGACGUGCAGGAUUUGGGACACAGCAUCAGGAGAGGAGCUGCACACUCUGGAGGGCCACAGGAAUGUGGUGUAUGCCAUCGCCUUCAACAAUCCCUACGGAGACAAGAUUGCCACGGGCUCCUUUGAUAAGACCUGCAAGUUGUGGAGUGUCGAGACAGGAAAGUGCUUCCACACGUUUCGAGGGCACACGGCAGAGAUAGUAUGCUUGGCCUUUAACCCCCAGAGCUCACUGGUUGCCACGGGAAGCAUGGAUACCACGGCUAAAUUAUGGGAUGUUCAGACCGGAGAGGAGGUGGCCACUCUCAUGGGCCAUGCUGCUGAGGUCAUCUCUCUGGCCUUCAACACGGUGGGAGACCAGCUGGUCACCGGCUCAUUCGACCACACCGUGGCUCUGUGGGACGUCCCUUCAGGCAGGCGUUUGCACACUCUGAUUGGUCACCGUGCUGAGAUCAGCAGUGUGCAGUUUAACUGGGACUGCUCUCGAAUCCUCACUGGCUCCAUGGACAAGAGCAGCCGGGUGUGGGAUGCUGCAUCAGGGCAGUGUGUGGCCACCCUGUCGGGUCAUGAAGAUGAGGUGCUGGACGUGUGUUUUGACUGCACAGGACAGCUCAUCGCCACCGCAUCUGCAGAUGGCACUGCCAAAGUGUUCAGCGCAGCAACGUUUGAAUGCAUAGCCAAACUGGUGGGCCACGAAGGGGAGAUCUCAAAGGUGUGUUUUAACCCUCAGGGCAGUCGUGUGUUGACGGCGAGCGUAGAUAAGACGGCUCGGCUGUGGGACGUGCGCUCAGGUGCGUGUGUGCAGGUGCUGCUGGGGCACACUGAUGAGAUCUUCUCCUGCGCCUUCAACUACGAGGGAGAUGCCAUUAUUACAGGUAGCAAGGACAACACCUGCAGGAUCUGGCGAUGAACACGAAUGCACAGGGAAGAGGAGAGCAGUCACACACACACACACACACACACACACACACACAGACACACCCACACCCUCCACAGCAUGACACAGCAUGCAUGCCAAAAGAUGGACAUUCACAUCCUGUACAUUACACAUCCUGUAAAUACUACACAGUAGACUUCUUCAAAACACAUACACACAUGCACGCACACACACACACACACUCACCAACAGAUUACAAACACACAAAUACACAGUCAAGGAUAAAACUUCCUUCAUUGUGCAGUGGAGCAUGAUGGAAUGGACUCCAGCAGUUAAUGUCCACUGUCACGACAUCCACACGUAUUCUGCAGUGUACUGCAGCACUUAGUGUUUACCGGAAGUAUACUGCAUAGCAAGUAUGUGUGUGCAUUAGCACAGCUCAGUCUGUAGUGUAAUGUGAUUGCCCAAACAUGAACACACAGACGCACUUUCUCACACACACCUUUGUGAAAGUCCAAGCAACACACACACACACAGUCUUGCUCUGGUGCUGAGGGCUGGUGUGUGAUGGAGAGGCUGCCCCCACACUGAAAAGCACGCUCUAAGUGGACGUGCAGACAUCUUUCUUCUUUAUGGCCUGGACUGUGUAUCACUGUUUGCUGAGUGUGUAUGACUGUGCUAUACCCCACCUCAUACCUUAGUGAGUGUGAAGAUUUAGUUUGUGUAGCUGUUACUAUACUUCAUAAUGUAUAGUAGAACGACCCAUGAUGCAUCUCUGUUGCCUUAAUGUGUGUGUGUGUGUGUGUGAGUGUGUGCUGGUCUACUGUAUGCUGAUACAUAAAGUAUUGUGUAUGAAGCUUCUGUAUAUUCUAUUCAUGGGUUUCAUCAGGUCCCUUUCCACAGGUGUGUAAAAUCAAGCACCUUGAUUACAAAUGCAGACUGCAUGAUGCUUAAUUAAUACACCUGUGGAAAGAGACCUGAUGAAACCCAUUUAUAACUUUACUAGCUGAUAGUGUGUGUGCGGUUGUACCGCAUGGAUUGUUUCACACCUGUAUCUGCAAGAGAGAGAGAGUGUGUGCUUAUCUGUAACUGUAGUUUGAGAGUAGGAUGUGCGAAUGCAUUUGCCUUUAGUUUUCUGGGACUGUGGAGAGAGAUUUGCUCAAGAGAUGUUCUUCACAGUUCUUCACAGACACACACACACAUACACACCCCUCACCUGCAGGGCUGUUAAUGUACUGUGAGCACAGGUGUGACCCCGCUGCUCCAUGUGAAGAGGAGACCCCUGUGCUUGACCCUCCUGCUGGUGCAGUCAGAGCGUGGAGGAGAGACCGCUGGUCAGGUUCAUCCCGUCUCUGUUGUUACGGCUCCUACACACAGUUGCGUGCGUUGCAGUGCUGGAGACGCAUUACAUUCAAUUUACAUGGGCUCACGUCAUCCGUUGCGUCGCUCGCG